AGUUUGCAUUUUGGAUUCUGACCAGGUUGAGCCAGUUACUAGCUCUAUUUUUUUUUUUUGUACUCUGUGAGAGCGGCCCUAAAACAGCAGCAAUAUUCGCCAGCACAUUUUUUCUAAUGGGAACAUCUUGCUGUAUUAUUAUCAGCAUUAUCAGCAUUUCUCAAGAAUCUCUGGUGAGGCAGAGUUGACAAGGUGGAGAAUAAAGGUGGAGCACAGGAGCAUCCGGUGACAUCAUACAAGGAGCACUAUCUAGGAUUAAUAACUGGAAGCACCUAAGCAGCACAUCAGAAAUCCAUCUCUCAUCAUCCAAAAGGUAUAAUGGCUCUCCUCAAACUUUUUCUCAUGGCUUUCAGCUUUGUCUUCUGGGCAGCAGGUCUAACCAUGCUCACCAUUGGUAUCUGGGCCAAGAUUUCAUUAGGUACCUACUUGCUGUUGUCAACCAAUCAAUACCCUCCCAACCCUUUCAUUUUGUUGGCUGCUGGCAUCACUAUCAUCGUAUGGGGCUUUCUGGGUUGCUUUAGUGCUGCCACUGAACAUCGUUGCCUACUGCGCACUUAUGGGGGCUUCCAGCUGGCUGUUUUUGCUGCUGGACUGACAGCAGGGCUGUCUAGCUUGUUUUAUCGUGAGAAUAUUGCUGAGGGUUUCCAGAGUGGACUGCGAGAAGCCAUAAAUUCCUACAGCAAGGAUGAGGAAAAAACAGAGGCCCUGGAUUUCAUUCAGCGCAACCUGAAUUGCUGUGGCAUAGAGAGUUACCGUGAUUGGUUUUCCUCACCCUGGUCGGUAGAGCAACAGGCCCCGAAUCACUCUGUGCCCCUCAGCUGUUGCAGGAGCCGAAAAGGUUGCCUGCAUGCUCCACUCCCUUCCGAUGCGAGAGGUAUUUACCACAAUGGCUGCUUCACCAAGGUGCACGACUUUGUCAGCUACAAUAUGUUCUACAUUGCCUCAGCUGCACUUGGACUGGCCCUCAUGCAAGUUGUGGGGAUCAUCCUUUCUUGCCUCCUAGCUGCACGUGUCCUACCACAGGCAGAAUCACCUGCAGGGACCAUCCCACACUGAAUAUGGAGUCCUGGGAGUCUUCCUUCUUUCAAGGCACUGUACUCUUCUUCCAUAAACUUCACUUUUCAGGACCAAAUUCACCAACAUCUGUUGGAUUGUUGCAUAUCAGACUCUGGUAGACUCCUUUGCUCCAUCUAGCAUUCCUGAUUCUUCAGUGGUUCAUUCUCCUUAUUCUCCAUCCUUUUUAUCCUUGUCACCAUGGCAAGAAACUACUUCAUGUUUUUCCUUGAUCUCUUUUCUCGUAAGAUGGAACAAUGCUAUUUUGUCUUCCAGAACUUUUUUACCCCAAUUAGCUUCCUUUUUAACACCUUUAGCAACCGGAAUUGGCAGCCCUUCUAUCAUUCAGCUGGAGAUUUUUUGGCUCACUUCACAGAAAAUUAAACUGUAAAGCUAUUCUCAGUUGGAUGCCUUUUAAAAGCUAUGUUUUUUUUAUCAACAGUGCUAGGAAGAACAAAACCUCCAUUUUUUUUCUUGUUUCAGCCAGUGAAAAUUUGUGAUAAGAGUUUCCUGGGGAAGGGAAGUGGAGAAAAUUGAGAAGAAAACCCAGAUUAAGCCGCCUGACUCCAGAGUGGAUCUGAUUGGCUCGCACUACACGAAACGGAAAUGAAUGAAUGAAUGAAAACAAUAUAAUAAGAACACAGAUACAACUGAAACCAAAAUAAAAAGGAAGAAAAAGAACAGAACGGUGAAUCCAGCAGACAAUCCAAAAUGCCCCACAGAAUCUAGCAGGGCCUGCAAUCGCCCUAAUCCAAUGCCUGGGAAAACAGCCGUCUUCCAGGCUUUCCAAAAUGCCAUCAGGGUGGGAGGGAUUCGGAUUCCAUUUCAGUUGACAUAACACAAUAUGUUAAGGAUCUAGAAGACACGAGUAGAUAUACCCUGUAUGACUUAUCUCAACAUUUAUUUUUCUAAGAUCAAAAACAUACUUACACAUUUUAAGGCUGGAAUAAAUAUAGGAACAUCUAUAUUUAAGCUGUAAUUAUUCUAACAUUCUGAAGAAAGUGAUGCGUAGUUGCUGAUGCUUUCCUUCUGGUGAGAAUUGGAAACAGUCAAGAACUAAAAAUAGAUAAGAGCGUUCAAUGACAGUUAGAUUUUAUGUUCCCAAGUUAUGUAGAAUAAGGAGUAAUGGUUUAUUUUUAAAAGUUCCCUGUUAAAAAAAUAUCAGUUUAGCCACAAGAGGGAGCCAAGAACAGGUUGUCUAAUGUGAUUGGUUUAAUUUAAUAGAAGUUCAAUUCCAGUUAACUCUUGUUUAUUAGUUAUUGUAGUAAAACUGGUUGUUGUGGUAAACGUUAUUGCAAUUUUGCAUGCACUGAGAAGUUACUAUAUCUGGUAAAUAAGAGAAUAUUUGUACAAGAAGACUUUCUUUUUGUAUCUUGAUGAGAUCCAGGUUAUAACUAACCUCAGUUGAACUAAUCUAACCUCUUGAUGUAAUGCUAGAACAUUCAAGAAUUCUCCUGAAUCCUGACAUAUGACCAUCCAGGCUUUGGAUAAGUGCCUCAUUAAUAAAAGUAGAAUCGAU